AUGGCUAUAUCCGCAGGAGGCCCCACGGUCGCCAGCCUGGGUGGGGCGAAUGCCCUCGAGGGAUCUCUGUCUUACCGGGCAAACGGAAACUACCAAAAGCACGCGCGGCUGGCCGUCGAUGCCCUGCAGGGAUGGUACAACACGUCGACGGGACUGUGGGACACCACAGGCUGGUGGAAUGGCGCCAAUUGCCUCACAGUGCUGGGCGAUCUGGUGGCGGUUGAUCCCUCGUCCCUGAAUUCUAGUAUCUCCGUCUUCAACAAUACAUGGACCCUGGCACCGAACUCUAAACCAUCAUCAGCACAGCGGACGGUAAGCCUGAAACUACAGACAGCCAACCCAGGCACUCAGCAAAGUGUCUCCACUGAUGCAUCCCCCGACUUCACCAACGCCAUGUACGACGAUGAGGGAUGGUGGGCGCUCGCCUGGAUCCAAGCAUUCGACGUGACGCAGGACCGGCGAUACCUGGAUACGGCUGUCGAUAUCUUCACCGACAUGAUCACGGGCUGGGGCGCUACGUGCGGUGGACUGUGGUGGAACAAGCAGCACACGCAGAACGGGGCGAUCGAGAACGAACUGUUCAUUAGUGUGGCCGCCCAUCUGGCACGACGGGUUCCAAAGCAGGCGGACGCCUUCCAGGACUGGGCGUUGAAGGCAUGGCAGUGGUUCUCAGACAGUGGUCUCAUCAACGACCAACACACCAUCAACAACGGGCUGGAUUUGUCGACCUGCACGAAUGACCACGGCACAGUGUGGAGCUACAACCAAGGUGUCAUCCUAGGGGCCCUCGUAGAGCUCUCCAAGCUCCAGUCCGACAAAUCCUACCUGUCUACCGCUCGCCACAUCGCCCUGGGUGGGAUCCACGCGCUGAGCAACUCGGACGGUGUGCUGCAGGAAUCGUGCGAGCCGGACUGCGGAGCCGAUGGAUCGCAGUUCAAAGGAGUCUUUAUGCGCAACCUGAUUCGACUGCAUCAGGCAGCUCCUGACCGUGAGAUCGAGUCCUUCCUUCAACGCAACGCGGACAGUAUCUGGGAUCGCGACCGUGACGAGGACAAUCACCUCGGGAUUCGCUGGUCCGGGCCUUUUGCUGUCGCCGACGCUUCCACCCAUAGCUCAGCCUGCGAUGCGUUUGUUGCCGCCGCGGCUCUCGACCAGAUCCGGGGGUAA